AUGAACCACAAUACCACCACCGCCACCCCCGACCUCCGCAACAAGACAAAAGCCGAGCUAGAAGAUAUCGUCAACAACUAUACCAAGAAACACGGACCACCAGACGAGUCUCAAUAUGAUGGCGCGAACAAUACGCUCUUCGGCUGGCCAGAGGACGGCAAGGGCGUCUGGGUUCUGCCCACCACCAAAGCCAACCUUGAGCGUUUCGAGGAGAUAGCUAGAUUGCGGACUGAUCUGGGACACCACACGCGCGCUCAUUGUGAGAUUAUGAGGUUGGCCGGUGCACAGUUUUUCGCGGAUUGGAGAGACUCAGACAGAGCGAGAGUAGUGAAGGGAGAAGAGAGCCUGUGA